GGAUUCUAUUGUAAAUUAAAAUUCGUUAAGGGGGUUUCCUUUUGAGUGAGCAUCUUAAUUAAAACCCCUCUCGCUCGGCUUUCGAUCGGGUGUUGUGACUGCCGAAGUUCGCCGGCCGGCGUCUGAGUACUCGUCGCCACCUCGAAAGGGUGGGAAGAGGAGGAGGAGGAGGAGAGGAAGUGGAAUCUGGAUUGAAGCUUUUUGGUAAAGAUAAUCUCAAGGUUCUUUAUUUAUUGGUGAAUAAGAGGACCAUUAAAUACCUUAAUGGAAUCUCUUUCUUCUGCUAUUGCAUAUAAGCCAUCUUUAAAUUCUGGGGAGAUAAUUGACUUGCGGCAGAGACAAACAUUAGCUUCGCAGUUUAAUUGUUCCUUCCCCAAUCAUAAAGUGAUCUUUUGUAAGACAUGCUCGGCUAAUAAUCUAGCUUUGCGAAAUACUUGGAACAGUAUAAAUCUGUUCCAAUGCAGAAGCAAUGCUUCUCAUGUUGAGGGCCCCCAAAUUGAGAAUGACACUGUAAAAGAGCUCAGAAGGAAAAAGCUUGGGAUUUUUGUCUCCGGUGGUGGUUCAAAUUUUCAGGCAAUUCAUGAUGCUUCUAGCAGGGGAUUGAUUCAUGGAGAUGUCUCAGUUUUGGUCACAGAUAAAGCUAGUUGUGGAGGUGCUGAAUAUGCCAGAGAUAAAGGCAUCCCCGUUUUGUUGUUCCCUAGGUCCAAAAAUUGUCCUGAGGGUUUAUCAUCAAUUGAUCUAAUAAAUGCUCUAAGGACAUUUGAAGUUGACUUUCUUCUACUUGCUGGUUACUUGAAACUUAUACCCACUGAACUAGUUCAGGCAUACCCAAAGUGUAUAUUAAAUAUCCAUCCUUCUCUUCUUCCAGCAUUUGGUGGCAAAGGAUUUUAUGGUAUGAAAGUGCAUAGAGCUGUCAUCGCUUCUGGUGCUAGGUUUUCCGGCCCUACAGUCCACUUUGUUGAUGAACAUUAUGACACCGGUCUCAUCCUCGCCCAGAGAGUUGUGCCUGUGCUCGCAAAUGACACUCCUGAGCAAUUAGCUGCAAGGGUCCUUCAUGAGGAGCAUAAUGUUUAUGCAGAAGUAGUUGCUGCAUUGUGUGAGGAUCGUAUUGUAUGGAGAGAUGACGGAGUUCCUCUCAUCAGAAGUAAAGCAAACCCUCAUGAGUAUUACUAAUUGGUGACCGUUUUAUCGUCACCAUCUUGACAAUAACCCUUCUUUAAUGAUUUAAUAAUCUGUUGCAUUAUGUGCAAAAUUUAUUACAUAAUCCACCAACUGUGUUGGUGAAUUUGUGGAUUCUAAAUUUUUAUAUUUAUACAUUCAAAGCAACUUGGAAAAUCACUUCAGUGACCUCAAGAAAGAAACACUAGUGUGUGUGUAUA